GGCGCCCUCCCGACAUGCCGGAGGAGGCGGGCUUCCCGCCCGCCAAGAGAUUCAGACCGGGCUCCGGGCCUUCGAGCCGCGGCGGGCCCCACCCUCCCGUGAGGCGAGUGGCGAUGCUGCUGACGGCGGGCGGCGGCGGCGGCGGCGGAGGCCGGAGGCAGCCGCCUCCGUCUCUGGGGCAGCCCUCGGCGAGUCCCUACCGCGAGGCCCUGGAGCUGCAGCGCCGGAGUCUGCCCAUCUUCCAGGCGCGGGGGCAACUCUUGGCCCAGCUGCGAAACCUGGACAACGCCGUCCUCAUCGGGGAAACUGGCUCUGGGAAGACAACUCAGAUCCCUCAGUACCUCUAUGAGGGGGGCAUCAGCCGCCAGGGCAUCAUUGCUGUGACCCAGCCCCGUCGAGUGGCUGCCAUCUCUCUUGCUACUAGAGUCUCAGAUGAGAAGAGGACUGAACUCGGGAAGCUGGUGGGCUAUACAGUACGCUUUGAGGAUGUCACCUCAGAAGACACCAGGAUCAAGUUCCUAACAGAUGGCAUGCUUCUGCGGGAAGCUAUUUCAGACUCCAUGCUUCGAAAGUACAGCUGUGUUAUCUUAGAUGAAGCCCAUGAACGGACUAUCCACACAGAUGUGCUCUUUGGAGUAGUGAAAGCUGCACAGAAGAGGCGGAAGGAGCUGGGGAAGCUGCCACUGAAAGUGCUUGUGAUGUCAGCCACAAUGGAUGUAGACCAGUUUUCUCAGUAUUUCAAUGGAGCCCCUGUCCUCUACCUGGAGGGUCGGCAGCAUCCAAUCCAGAUCUUUUACACUAAACAGCCUCAGCAUGAUUACCUGCACGCAGCUCUUGUCUCUGUCUUCCAGAUCCACCAGGAAGCCCCUUCUUCUCAGGACAUCCUAGUGUUCCUCACUGGUCAGGAGGAGAUCGAAGCAAUGAGCAAGACCUGCCGAGACAUUGCAAAGCACCUCCCGGAUGGCUGCCCCUCACUGCUGGUUCUUCCUCUCUAUGCCUCCCUACCCUACACACAGCAGCUCCGAGUCUUCCAAGGGGCCCCAAAGGGCUAUCGCAAAGUGAUCAUUUCAACCAACAUCGCAGAAACCUCCAUAACCAUUGCAGGAAUAAAAUAUGUAGUUGACACGGGCAUGGUUAAAGCAAAGAAGUAUAACCCUGACAGUGGUCUUGAGGUGUUAGCUGUGCAGCGGGUGUCCAAGUCCCAGGCCUGGCAGCGCACAGGGAGGGCUGGCAGAGAAGACAGUGGUGUCUGCUACCGGCUCUACACCGAGGAGGAGUUCGAGAAGUUUGAUAAGAUGACUGUGCCAGAGAUCCAAAGGUGCAACCUGGCCAGUGUGAUACUUCAGCUCCUAGCAAUGAAAAUCCCAAAUGUGCUCACCUUUGACUUCAUGUCCAAACCAUCUCCUGGAGGCAGGGUCUUGCCACAUUUUGUAGUCCAAGCUGGUCUCCAGCUCGCGAGCCUCCUGCCUUUCUCUCCUGAAUGCUGGAGGAAUGCACAGGAAAUUUCCUUGGUUUUUACAGUGAAAGGAGACAAAGCUUUUGUUGACUUCUUGACUGAUGAAAUUAAGGAAGAAAAAAAAAUCCAAAAACACAAGUCCCUACCCAAGAUGUCUGGAGGUUGGGAGCUGGAAGUGAAUGGGACAGAGGCUAAAUUAGUUCGGAAAGUUGCUGGAGAAAAGAUCACUGUUACUUUCAAUAUUAACAACAGCAUCCCUCCAACAUUUGACAGUGAGGAGGAGUCCACGCAAGAGCAGAAAGUUGAAGAACAAGAGCCGGAACUGACAUCAACCCCCAAUUUUGUAGUUGAAGUUACAAAGAGUGAUGGCAAGAAGGCCCUGGUACUGGACUGUCACUAUCCAGAGGAUGAGAUUGGACAGGAGGAGGAGGCUGAGAGUGACAUUUUCUCCAUCAAGGAAGUUAGCUUUCAGGCCAUGGGUGACUCUGAAUGGAAGGAUACGAAUUACACACUCAACACAGAUUCCCUGGACUGGGCUUUGUAUGACCAUCUAAUGGAUUUUCUUGCGGACCGAGGAGUGGACAACACUUUCGCCGAUGAGCUGGUAGAGCUUAGCACAGCCCUGGAGCACCAGGAGUAUAUUACCUUUCUUGAAGACCUCAAAAGUUUCGUUAAGAGUCAGUAGUACUGUGAGAGAUAGUGAAGGCCUUAAUUUCACAGCUACAUUUGGCCAGUGAGCAAAACUACCCUGAUAACAGAAUCAUGUGCUUUUCAAAUGGUUAUCCUCAUUAUCAUGGGGGAAAAAGAGCAAGUUUAAAUUAUUGACACUGCAUUCACAUUUACUAUUCAUCCUGUAUUUUUUUCUGUACAAAUUAUUUCUGGAUUUUUGUAUAACCUGAGACAAUAAAAUUGUUUUAUCUCC